ACAAAAUCAACAAUGCGAUACAAUAGGUAAGCUUUCCUUAAUUAAACUUAAGAUGCUACACAUAUACUUACAGAAAAUCAACAGUAUUAUUGAAAAGAAAACUUAACAUUAUUUGAGAUCCACAAUCGAUAAUACAGGUAUAGUCGUUAUUCCUGACUGUGCCACUUUCAUCUUACCACAUUUGACGCACUUAAAGCGAAUUUCGUAUGACCAUUUGUAAAACAAAAAAUUGUACUGCAAAUGUGGCCAGACGGUGACCAUAUUUGUAGCCAUGCAAAUUGCUUGUUCACGUAUUUACGAAUAAAAAACACACUACUACUUUGACAAAUAAACCAAGAAAUAGAUCGAUAACAGAUUAAGGUAAUAGAGCCAAAAAAAUUCAACCGGGGUAAUCUGAUAAUGCUUUCCUUCCAUGUUAUCGUAAGAAUAAAUAUAAAAGUGCGAUUAUGAGAUAUCGGUAUUACAAAUUAGUGUACAUGAACAGCGAUUUAUUAGAAUACGUCCAUCUCAGAUAGCAGAAUAAAGAACAAUGAGCCAAGCCAUACUUAUUUUUGGUGCAGUUGCAUUAUCUGUGUGCCCCUGUCGAGCAGGUGUAAUUAAAGAUGGUGUGGAAUUCCAGUCCAGUAUUGUGAUUUGUCCUAAGCCGAGUGACCCGAGCACUAAAGGAUCCAAUUGCGAAAAAGAGCUAGAACCUAGAAGAUUAACGAAUGGUGGUAAAGAGCUCAAACAACAAAGACAACCAAUUACAAGUCGACAUAGAACUCAACGAGCCCGGUCAUUGGGGGCAAUAGAACGAACAUAUAGCUACCCAGAAUCUGGAUUCUUUCUAAACCCAAUCACCUGUAUUCUGAUACAAGAUUUGUCCGCAGACGGCAAAGGUGGCACCGUUUCAGUUUUAGACGGAGGACUUUACUCAAAAAGGUUAACAAUUAAACUAAGAUCCUUAUCUGGACAUGGACUACACUACAAGAUUCAAAUAUAUACUUUAUAAAUAAUGAGGUAAAUAAAUAUAUUUUGUUAAGCU